AUGCUUACAUGCAUAGCACGUCCGAAGAAACUCGGCGAAGACUCAGUGAGUCACGGCGACGAUUCAAUUUCAGAAUCAAACAACAAUGCAAAGAACGUAAAAUCGCUGACGUGUCAGAUAAAAGACAUGGCGUUAAAAGCUUCCGGUGUAUACAAACACUGUAAUCCCUGCGCACCGGCGAGUCGGUUGAGAACCGGUAAUUCGGAGUCGGAAACUGACUCGGAGAAGUUUCGGAGGACGAGGACGUGGGGGAAGGAGAUGGAAGCGAGGUUGAAAGGGAUCUCGAGUGGAGAAGGAACGCCGAGUUCGUCUUCGUCGUCGUUCGGCGGUGGAAGUGGACGGAGAGUGGUGGUUUUGGAGGAGGAGGAAGGGAAGGAGUGGGUGGCGCAAGUGGAGCCUGGCGUUUUGAUUACUUUUGUGUCGCUUACGCGUGGCGGGAAUGAUCUGAAACGGAUACGGUUCAGUCGCGAUACAUUUAACAAAUGGCAAGCACAAAGAUGGUGGGCAGAGAACUAUGACAAAGUCAUGGAGCUUUACAAUGUUCAAAGGCUUAACCGCCUAGCCUUCCCGUUACCAACACCAGCAAGAUCUGAAGACGAGAGUUCAAAGCGUGAAUCAAUAGCAGACAGCCCAGUGACACCUCCACUAACCAAGGAACAACUAUCACGCAAUUUAUACCGACCAACAGGAACGGGAAUGGGAUACUCAUCCUCAGAUUCCUUCGAUCAACACUCAAUGCAGUCCAAACAUUAUCAGUAUGACUUAAGUGGCAUGAACUCAACUCCAAAGGUUUCAACCAUUAGUGCUGCAAAGACAGAUAUAUCAUCAAUGGCUGCUUCUAUAAGAAGUAGCUCUUCCAGAGAAGCUGAUCGCUCUGGCGAUUUAUCGAUGAGCAAUGCUAGUGAACCGGAUAGUGAAUGGGUUGAGGAGGAUGAACCUGGUGUUUACAUUACUAUCAGGUCUCUGCCAGGAGGUAAAAGGGAGAUCAGAAGAGUCAGGUUCAGUCGUGAAAAAUUUGGGGAGGUGCAUGCUAGACUAUGGUGGGAAGAGAACCGCGCCAGAGUACAUGAACAAUACUUGUGA